AUGCCGCCGCCUCAAAAUCUCAACAUCCUCAUCACGGGUUGCUCCCCAGGGGGGAUGGGCGCGGCCCUAGCUGUAGCAUUCCACAACGCAGGCCACCACGUCUACGCAACGGCGCGGAACCCAUCCAAGCUGUCGCCCCUUGCUGAGCAAGGCAUCCAAACACUAACCCUCGACAUCACCUCACCCUCCUCCAUCGAAUCAGCCGUCUCGGCCGUCACCACCGCGCUCCCGCCCACCCGUGGCCUCGACAUCCUCAUCAACAACGCCGCAGGCAACUACACCAUGCCCGUAAUCGACGCCACCCUCCCCGCCGCGCGCGAGCUCUUCGACCUCAACGUCUGGGCCCACCUGGCCGUCACCCAAGCCUUCCUCCCACUCAUCCUCCGCUCCACCAACCCCAGCCCCAACCCCAACCCCCCAAACACCCCCACCACCACCACCACCACCUUCGCCCCCCUCAUCGUCAACCACACCUCGGUCGGCUCCGUCGCCGCCCUCCCCUUCCAGGGCAUCUACAACGCCUCCAAGGCCGCGCUGGCCAUGCUGACGGCCACCAUGCGCAUGGAGCUGGCGCCGUUUGGCGUGCGCGUCGUGGACCUCAAGACGGCCGGGGUGCGCACCAACAUCAUUGCAAAUAGCAAUUUCCAUCGGCACGGUUCUGCUGAUUAUGGUAACAACAGUGGGGGUGGGGGUGGGGGCCGGUUGCCGGCGGGGUCGGUGUUUGCGCCGGUGCGGGAGCAGGUGGAGCGGAUUAUGAGCCAGGAGGGGUUGAGGGAGAGGGGGAUCAGCGCGGAGGAGUGGGCGGGGGAGGUGCUGGCGGUGUUGUUGGGGAGGAGCGUGCCGGCGGAGGUGUGGAAGGGCGAGAGUGCGCUGGUGGCGAGGAUGGCGACGGCGAUUCCGUGCGGGUUGGCGGAGGGGGUGGUUAAGAAGAUGACGGGGAUGGAUGCGGUGGAGGAGGGGAUUAGGAGGGUGAGGGGCGGGUGA